AUGGCGAGACUGCAAUAUUACGGUACUUCGUAUGGCAGCUUUCUAGGAAACCUCUUCAUGUCCAUGUUUCCCGGGCGUGUAAAGCGCAUGGUUCUCGAUGGGGUGAUAGUUCCAGAGGACUGGGUAGCAGCGGACUGGCACAACUCCCUUCUUGAUAGCGAGAAAGCGCUUGAAUACUUCUACCGCUCGUGCUUUGAAGCCGUGGCCAAGUGUCCUUUGACCGAGUCGUCCGACCAUUCUUGGCAUUCAAUACGGGACAGAGUGAAUACAUUGCUUGGCGGGUUGGAGGCCAACCCAAGACCAGCCCUAACACAAGGGGGCACAGAAACCAUCAUCACAGCUAAUAUGGUUCGUUCGUCCAUCUUUAGUGCACUAUAUCAGCCCGUCGACAAGUUUGAACGGCUGGCGGACUCACUGGCAAGCGCAUUACAAGGCAACUACACCUUACUUCUACAAAACACGGGCCUCGACCGCCCGGGGGAUGGCUGUACCCCGAAGAAACCAUAUCAAUACAACUGGCUUGGUCUCUCGUCCUCGGCGGUAGUAUGCGGUGACGCUCAAGACAUGACGCACCACAACGAGCACUACUGGCAGGGCUACUUUGAAAAACUUGGAGGCCAAUCUCCGGAAUUCGGACACCAUGUUGCCAAAAUACCCUUUACAUGCUCCGGAUGGAAAAGCAGGCCGGAAUACAGAUUCACUGGGCCAUUUUCGUCUCCGGAAGCAGAUCCACGCGAUGAACAGGAACGACCCUCUGCGCCGGCCCUACUCUUAUCCAGCUGGAUUGAUCCUAUAACGCCGCUCUAG